AUGCUCAUCGGUUUAUGUGGAGGCAUUUGUGCCGGCAAGCAUGCCAUUGCCGAGUAUCUGAUAGAAAACCAAGGAUUCCAACUUCUGGAGCUCGCGGGCAACCGCCAAUCUGAGUCGCCAGACUCGGGAGAUGAGCUACGAUUGCAAGCCUCGGAGAUCAGAAAGAAGGAACCGCAAUCUCCUGAAUUUACAUUCCAGGAUGCUGAAUCUCUGCUGGAUUUUGCGACCAAAAGAUGGCAAGAGCGCUGGGUUACUACAGAUAUUGCCGACGCAAAUAUCUUGGAUCGAUUCCUGUUGCGUCCCUUCUUCCUCCUGGUGAGUGUUGACGCCCCAGUCAGCCUCCGCUGGAAAAGAUUUGCCGACAGAUGCUGGAGAAGACAGCUAGAUCCGCCCGAUCUGGAGAAAUUUGUCCUGUGGAAUGACCACAACUUGUACGACAAGGACAUUGGGCGUGUUUACUUGACUGACAAGGCCCAAGUCCGCCUGUUCAACUCCUCUUCGUCUCUCGGAGAGCUACACUCGGCAUUGGAGAGCCUCAACCUGGCAGAUGAACAACGACUCAGACCGAGUUGGGACCAGUAUUUCAUGCAACUGGCCUCACUUGCUGCUCAAAGAAGCAACUGCAUGAAGCGGAGAGUGGGAUGUGUCCUCGUUCGGGAAAGCCGUGUUAUCAGCACAGGUUACAACGGCACACCACGACAUCUUCAAAACUGUAACCAAGGUGGAUGCCCACGAUGCAACCGUGGAGAUGGAGGUGGAGUUGGCCUUUCAACUUGCCUUUGUCUUCACGCCGAAGAGAACGCACUGCUAGAAGCAGGCCGAGAGCGUAUUCGAGAGGGAGCGAUCCUCUACUGCGAUACGUGCCCUUGCUUGACAUGCACAGUCAAAAUUGCCCAGGUUGGAAUUUCUGAGGUUGUUUAUUCACAAGGGUAUAACAUGGAUAGUGACAGUGCUGCCAUUCUCCAACAAGCUGGUGUUCGACUGCGACAGUUCCAUCCGCCUUCCAAUGGAUUGAUUUACCUUCAGGCCUCUGGGACACCGAUCGGAGUCCAAGAAAUCGAGACUCAAGAGAUCGAGACUCAAGAAAUUGAGACCCAAGACUGA